UUAGCCGAACGAAAAUGAAGACUCCAUUAUGAAACAAAUUAAUCGCUCUGCACACACGUAACUCCCAAGUGGGGUGUGUCAAAGAUGGGGGUGGUUCACAUGGACAAAUCGUAGUAAGCGCUUUAUUACCGAUGCGUCCAAGUGAUGUUGUGGCAUCAGUUCAUCCCCACUCAAGUAAUUGAAAAUUUCUUUUUCCGGUAGGUUGAGGAAAUUAUCUAAGGCGCAUAUAUCUUCACCUGUGAAAGUACCUUUUUCGUGGCUCACAAAGGUCGAUAUGAUGUGCUGUAACUCUAUGUACCCCAAGGUGGUACAUUUAAAUAGGACUUUUUCAAGGCUUGGUUUUUCUCCAUUUUUUUUUUUAACCUUAUCGUCUACUCCAAAUUUAUUGUUCAUGUAAAUGCGUCUUUUUCUUGUGGGGUAAUCAACUAUGUCGUUAUAGAAAACUGCCUCCUCGUCUGCCUUCCGCUGGACUUCGUUGCCCCCCUUGGUUACUUCUUCAGAGCGUGGCUUGGUCGUAAGCAGUUUGAAUAGUUUUUUCCUAAAAUAGAGGUUCCUCGUUAUGCGUUUAAACUUUGAUGGCUUGUACAGCUGGAUUGUUGUGAAUAAACGGAGGGAAGGCCGGCUGGGGUGCGGUGCAAUCAGGGGGCUCUUCAGCAAGUUAAAGAGCGUCAUCUCGUGUGCGCGCUUAACCGAACUGUGCACGCUUAAUGACAGUGUACCCAUUCGGAUACUCUUCACCUUGAUACAGCUUUGCCUAUGCGGUGAGCCUCUCCUUUCUGUAUCUUCUAAUAAAGUCUACAUGGGGCGCUCCAACAAAACUUAUCUAAAGUUUCGUGCGCCUCGAUUUUUUUCACAAUGAUGUUACCGCAUUGGGGGAGAAUAUGAAAAAAAAAAAAAAAAAAAAAAAAAACUUCAAUGGGCAUGACGUGUACGCAUAUGUAAUUCUCUUCCCAGUUGAGGGGAAAAGUGCCUAUUUAUGUCGUUGUCGCCCCCGCAUGAUAUUUCAAAAGAGUAUCUUGUACCUUCUCCCACCUUACACCCACAAAAGAUGCAUUCUUAAGGCCCCAUUUUUUCAGCACAAAGGAGUGGCCACGCAAAAUUGCCUUAUUGUAGAAGCCUUUUUUUGUGGAUGGCCUAGAUAUGCCAAUCCACGAAAGGGGCAAAAGGGUGCGGGGAUGGACUGUUAUAUGAAUUAUUUGCCUUAUCGCCUGUGCGCAGUUCCCUUGUGGGAUGUUUUCAUCACAUUUUGAGUUCCCGUACGGUUACCCUUUUCUCUCCUUUUAUUCCCCCCCUGUUUCCCCUUAAUGAAUAAACUACUAAGUAGACCUUUCAGAAACGUCAGGCGCAUCCACACAUCAGCUCUUCGCAGGGACUCGGACGAUACAGGCCCGCUGCUGAAAAAGAAGAGGAGAUUCUUCGAUCUGAAGUUGUUCAGGCAGCACUUGAGAAGACAAAAAACAGAAGAAAUUGAAAAUGAAAAAAGAGAACUUUUGAAGAGUUGCGCAAAGGAACCCCCAGAAAAUUGGAAUGUAAAAAAGUUCCUCACCAAAAUAGAAAUAGGCGAAAAUAUUGACGAAAUAGAGAGAGCCUUUAAAAGUUGGACGGACUUCAUCACCGUAACGCCAAAGGAGUUGUAUGCAAUGGAGUGCUUAACAAAUGAACAGAGGAGAAAAAUAUGGAAAUAUGUAAAUCAGUUUAACUAUGGGUUGUACCCAGAAGAUUCUUACGACGAUUUUGUUCGCAAUUUUCAAGCCCCUCCACUUGAAAAUGAAAAUAAGCCAUGGACAAAGGAAGAUGAAGAGCAAUUUGAAUUUUACAUAAACUAUUUUGAUGUCCAUUUUGGCGAUCCAUGGUUAUACAUUUCUUGGAAAAUGAAAAGAACAUUUGAUGAUGUUCAAAAUAGGUAUGUCGAAUUAUAUUUGAAAAAAAAAAAUAAAAAAAGGAAAUGUGAAAUUUGUCUCACCAAAUCGACCACUCCUUUGUUAAUGAAUAGGAAAUUUAAAUUGGAUCCCCCCUUCCUUUUUUUUAUUCCCUCUUCGGUUAAUUUUCCUCCAAUGAGUAUAUAUGACUAUUGUAAGAAAAAGGAAUCGUUAUCUGUAAGUAAUCAGCACAGGAAAGCGGACGGUGAGACUGCUCUGCGGGGGGGUCCCUCCCACCAGCGUCCAGUCGAAGAAGAUCCGUUGUACCCGUCCUACGGCUCCUUUAUUUUUUCCCCCAGCUUUUUGCGCUACGUGGAUAAGGCUUGUUUUUAG